AUGGCUGAAUGGGGAAAAGGUGACCCACGUUGGAUCGUAGAAGAACGUCCUGAUGCUACAAAUCCAAAUAAUUGGCACUGGAAAGAAAAGAAUGCAACACAAUGGUCAAAAGAUAAAUUGAAUGAAUUAUUAAUAGGUCUUAAAAUUGAAAAUGAACAAUUUACUUGUGAAAUAAAAGAAUUAAAACGAUGUGAAGGUGAAGCAUCAGCAAAUAAUCGAAAAGCUAAACUUGUUUUUCUUUAUGAAUGGCAUAUCGAAGGUAAAUGGGAAGGAUCAAUUCGUACAGGUGAAAAUCGUACGAAAUAUGAAGGUGGAUUUGAAGUUCCAAAUUUAUCUGAUGAAAAUGAAGUUCAUGAACUUACAAUAACAUUUUCAGUUGAAAAAUCAAAAGGUGAAAAAUUAAAAGAAUUAAUGAUACGACAAGGUGAACCAUUAAUACGACAAAAACUUGGUGAAUAUAUUCGUUCACUUAAAGAAGAAUUUUCUCAAGGUCUUAUUUUACCAACAAAAACUUCUUCAAAUACAAAUAAUAGUAAAACAACAAAAACAACGUCAUCAACAACAAAUACAGCAACAACAUCAAAACCUGAAUCAAGUACUUCAUCAUCAACUAAUCAAUCAUCAUAUACAACACGAGAAUUAGUUAUUGAAGAUACAUUUAAAUGUUCUCGAUCAGAAUUAUUUCAAACAUUUACUGAUAUUAAUAUGGUACGUGCAUUUACACAAAAUAGUGUUUCAAAAUAUGAUUGUCAACAAGAUGGACAAUUUUCAUUAUUUGGUGAUAAUAUAACGGGAAAUUUUCUUGAAAUAGUACCAUAUGAUCGUAUUGAAAUGUUAUGGCGUUUUAAAUCAUGGCCUAAAGAACAUUAUUCACAUGUUUCAUUACAAUUUCAAGAUGAAACAGAUCAAACUAAAUUAAUUGUACAACAGAAUGGUGUACCUGUACAAUUCUAUGAGAAUACAAUGGAAGGAUGGAAACGUUUUUAUUUUGAAAGUAUCAAAUCAACAUUUGGUUACGGAGCUCGACUACUUUAA